UUACCCCUCCCAGCAACCAAGCGCAUGGGUGUGCCUCGUUUAUUUUACCACCCUCGAGUUUUUGUCACUUUUCUGUAGAGAUCCCGGUACAUGAUAUGAUCAAAGUGGAGACAAGAAACGAAAAUUGAAAUUUAAAAGGAAUAUAACCCUGCCAUAAAAAAAACGACAAGAAUUCUCAAAACGGGUCAUUUUCAUUUAAUUUUUCUCAAAGUUUCAGCUCGCGCUACGCGCUCGACGAUUUAGGUCAAUAAUUGCUUAACAAAACCAUAACUGGAAUAUAGAGCUUCAUAACACUUUGAAUGUUUUACUUCCUUACGUCCAAUUACACCAGAAUUGUUUCCCAAUUGCACCAUUCCACCAUCAUUCCUUUUUUUUUCAAGUGGAUAUUUACACUGAAAGCGUUCAUGCCACGCUUUCUUGAUUUGAAGCCUAAUAUUGAUAUUAGUUAACCAAAGAAAAUGAAGACAUUGUUAAGAAAAAUCAAGAAAUGCUUACUUAACAAUUUCUAUACUACGAUUGACUUUUUCUCUAAUUCUCCCCUACGCCUCUACAAUAUAAAGAAAUCUACUGCGAAAGCGUCUGCUACUAUGGUCUUGAUUAAGUCGUCGUCGUCAUUGUUGUUGUUGUUGUUGAAUUCCGUUUAGUUCUUGUGAUUCACUUUUCGUUUUAUUCAUAUACACAAUGGACAGUUCGUGGUUCGAUGCUCACGGGGGUGAAUGCCUAUUGAUUCAUAUAAGGGAGAAGACCCAUAUUAUCAGUUCACGAAGGAGAGUGCAUUUUUAGCAUAAGACAUUGCUCAAAGAGGACAUGUUGUCCGCUAGUAUCGCUUAUGAACAUAGAGCGGCCGGGUGUGCAUGUACAUGUACGAACCUUUGGAUAGUAAUGCCGGGAUGCGGUGAUACCUACAGCGACAGACAGGUUUUGGCUGCAAAGUAUCUGGGGAUGCAGAGGUCUUGACCAACUAAACAACUCAGACAACCACCGGAGACUGUGAAGAUGGCAAUCGAUGAACAAAAAUUCUGUCUGAAAAUACUUAUCGUAAUAACCCUUUCAUCACUCGCCGCUAUGUGUACAGUGUUAUAUCAUUACAACGAGUUGGUGAAAACAAUUUCUGUUAAGAAGGAUUAUUAUUCAUUGGGCACCCGACAAUUCGUCAUCUCCUCCAAGGAUGAAGCCGCAGAUGAAAUUGAUAAUGAUUUUGAAAAUAUCAAAUUUGUUUCUUUAAAGAGUGCCUCGAAGCCAGUGCUACAGGGACUUGCUUAUAGUAUUGCUAAUGUUGAACGUGAUGUCUUAACAUUCAAUAUUGAUGAUUCUCUGAAACCACUAUCGGAUAUACCAAUUGAAGAGAGCAGUCUUCUCCACAAGAUUCAACAAAAACAGAAAGACGCCGACUUUAAAUGCGUCAUUAGGGUUGCCAAGUAUUGCUCAUCUCGUUGCCGUACCGUUGCACCUGGAAACCAGUCAAGAGAGUGGAAACCAUUUAGAUGUGAAUUCAGCGAGUUCUGUAGGUUUGAGACAAGUUUUGUCGGUCAACCCUCUAAGGAACUCAUGCAGAGUUUCGACGUUGUUUUCUUCAUACCUGGGUUUCGAGAUAGACAUUUGAAUGAAAUGAUUGCUUUGCGACCACCGGGACAACUCUGGGUCAUAUCAACAAGAGAGAGCCCUCUCCACGACAUGGGAUAUGCUCCUCCAGGUUUAACAGGAAACCCUUUCAAUCUCACCAUGACCUAUGCAAGAGACGCUGAUAUCGUUUUCCCAUACGGCAGUGUAAAGGAAAUAAAGGCUCUCACAGAGCCUCCUCCAAUACCCAAGAAGACUAAAUUGAUAGCAGCGAUGAAUGGUAAUUGCAAUCCUUACUAUUGGCAAAGGACGGAGUUGAUCAAUGAGAUUCAGAAACACCUCUCAGUCGAUUUCUACGGGAAAUGUGGUACGGCGGGAAAGCUCCCCCAAAAGAACACAACCGAAACACUUCAACAAUAUAAGUUUUACCUUUCGUUCGAGAAUAGUGAAUGUCGAGAUUAUAUCACGGAGAAAGUGUGGAAGAAUAAUCUCUCUAAUGGAAUCGUUCCUAUAGUCUAUGGAUCAACGCGUGAAGGCUACGAGAAGACACUGCCCAAGGAUUCUUUCAUAUUCCUUGAGGAUUUCAGCAACAUGAGUGCAUUUGUUGAUUACAUUCACGCGCUUGAUGAAGACGAAGCGCGAUACAAGAAAUAUUUUGAUUGGAAAAUUGAUAGCAAAAUCCUCCUUCAUUCUCCAACAGCGUUCCGAGGUCAAAAACCUGGGCUUAAUUUAUGUUAUCUAGUGAAGAAAUUGAUCCAUGUCUUCUUCAAUCCAGAGACCUCGUGGAAGGAAAGGACUCCAGAUUUUGCUUCUUGGUGGCUAGGACAGUGUGACGAUUUUAAUGCUGACAAGAAAGUGCUGGGAUUCAAUGUUCGAAGAUCAAAGGAAAAGCAAGCUGAAAUCGAACAGAGGUGGUAAUACUGGUAAUACAUAAUAUAAUAAAUUAUUUAUUGUUGGUUACUUUGGGUAAACCCAUAUAUGCACUUGACUCGAUUUCGACUUGUAUGGGGUUAAACAUUAAAGUCUGAGUUCUUUAAUUUUUGAUCAGCAGCCUUUUUCUGCAGGAGGACUAAGUAAGCUCAGUCUCGAAGGAAUAAAAGAAAGAAGGUUAACAGAUUGUGGAAUUGCGUAUGAUAAGGGCAAUAUCUUGUUUCGGUAUGAUCAGGCGGAGAACUCAACAAAAUGUUGAUAUAAUUAAUGAAGGGUUUAUUUAUGUCUUUGAGUGAAUUAAUAAUUUAACGAGAAUUAUAUAUGUUUCAUAUUGAAGUUUAACACUUUGAUGCACAAUUGCUGCGGCAUGGUUUGUUUGUUCCCACAUUUUACAAAUCAAGAUUACACUUUAAGUUAUUUUUCGAAGCAUUUGAGGAUGAACAUACAACUUAGUAGUAUAUUUGUACGAGUAGCAUGCAAUAUUGUGAAUCAAAUAUAUACAACGCGCCAUAAUUCACGUGACCGAUAAAAGGCAAAAUUUGCUUACAUCUGGUAAUAAUGGUCAUCAGAAUUUCCCAAUACGAAAACACUACUUCUUGAUUGUUGUCAUAUCAUUUUUUUUUAAUAAAAUGAAAAAGUUGCAAUUUGACUAAUCAGAACGAAGUAUAUGAUUCCAACGAUCGCUGAUAUUAUUAAGAUAAACAAUAUUUUUGGCCAUGUGUCAUGAGGUCGCCACCAAAAAAAGGGUGGUGCUGUUACAUCUAUUGGUUAAUUUUUGGGAGGUAUUACUGCAUAUUUUCAAAAUCAAGGGAGCCAUGCCAACAAAUUUGGUAUCAUUUUAAGGCUAAAGGCAUUAGAUAAUAGUCUAGAAGUUUAUUGCUCUAGGAUAAAUAGAUCUACAUGUAGAGUUACACAUCCUCAAAGACGGAGCACCAAGGGAGGUGGAUACUGAACAGUUUGUGUUAUUUUGGGUGAAACGUUAAUAUUUUGGUGAAAACUUGAAAAAUUUCUUUUCAACUGCAAAUUCGAUAUCAAAUGAAGAUUAGAAUAUUCUUCUUUACUGUUAAUCUAUUGAAAAACAAGUUUGGCAUUGUCAUUGAAAAACAUGGUAAAAGCAUUGAAAAAGAAAUAUAAAAUUUGUCGCUGUUUUUCUUUUUCCUCAACAAUUCUUCUACAUCGACACUUAUCAUAUUUACAGUAAUUCUUGAUUCCAAUGUAGCUUUGGUGUAAAAAAACACAGAAAAGAUGAUUUCUACUAUUCUCUAGGGUGAAAGGAAUUCUUGGAUUUGGUGCAGAUCUUAAAGGCCACAUGACGCAGGUCUGAGACAUUCAGAUCAACAAUAUGUGAAGAGUCUUAGAAGCAUUAUUUGGUCUAAUGCUACUAUAAUUUCUUCUAAACUGUUUGUUGCAUAUACCAUCAAUCGGAUGAACGCAGCAUAUAUACCUAUCAAGUAAUGGUAAUGCAGGCAAUAAUAAGACACACAAUAAUACUUUUUUUUCCUAAAAAACGAUUGUCAUAAGUUUGUUUCGUCUUUCCAAGGUGAUUAAUUGCACUUGCAAACAUCAUUUUCAUAACAGAUUGGAUCCUUCAAAAACAAAAUUUAUCAUAACUUAUGCUAUGACACGUAUGUGUGAAAACCGCCAAAUGUUUAUUUGUUACUACAUUAUCAUGUCAAAAUGCUUUCUAUGCAUAUUUUUGUGAAAUCAAUAAAACAUCUAUCCAUAAACGUA